AAAAAGAAUUACUGUUUACAUACUUCAAAACGCAUUUGCAAUUCUCAGAUGCUUCGCGAAAAUGGGGACUCUAAACUUUUGCAUUUUUAUAAUGAAUAGCGCUUUAAUUUAUGCUUUAUAAAUGUUUUAUUAUGCAAAAAUAAAAUAUUAUUGAAGACGCAAUGUUACGUUGUGGUGAAUAGAAGUUAACCUAAAAUUUUGUUUUGUCAACAUGGAAUCACAAGUAUGUGUAAAUUGUCGUAACGAGAAGACAGUGAAUUCGACGACAAACAGGCUGGUCACUGAAAAUUGUGGCCAUGUGAAAUGCAUGGAUUGUUUGGUACAAGAAAAAAAUGGUUGCUUGGCUUGUCUUAGUGCAAAAAUUCAGGAGUCAAAUGGGAAUGGCUUGCAAUUGGACGACAAGCAUUCUGAUGAGAAUCAGCCGAUCCAGGCACAAGAUAAACAUGUUAAUGACGACAGUAGACCGAACAGCGAACCCUCCGAAUAUGAGGAUUUGAGUAAAAGAAAAAAACCUGAGACGUCACACAUUAAGGUAGAAACAGAUGCUAAUGGCAGAUGUUAUGUAUGCACAUUGUGCGACAAGAAGUUCCAUGCUCGGAGUCAAGUAGCGUAUCAUGCGUAUUGUAAUGGACAGAGAAAGCCUUACCAGUGCCUGGAAUGCUAUAAGAGUUUCGCUACACACUCCCAUUAUAAAUAUCACAUGAGAGUGCACCGCAAUGAAAGGACAUACUCUUGUGAUGUGUGCGGAGACAGCUUCUUCCAGAUGUCCAAGCUGCAACGGCACAAACUCAAACACACAAAGGAGAAGAACUAUAUCUGCUCGGUGUGCAACAAGGCAUUCAACAAUGUGUCGUCACUCCGCAAGCACUCGCUCACGCACUCGGAGGAGCGUCCGUACCAGUGUGGUGUCUGCGACCGCGCUUUCCGCGACGGCUCCAACUACAGGAAACACCAGGCGAAACACGCUAAUCAUGGAGCGGAGAAGAAAUGCACGUGCGGUUCUUGCGGUAGUGGCGGUGGACGGUGUACGGGCGGGGGCGGGACCGGGCGCGGCGGCGCGCGGCAGCUGCGGCGCCACCAGUGCCAACACUGCCCGCAGGCCUUCCAUUCUAGCAAGGACAUGCGCCGCCAUGCAGCUGUGCAUACAGACACAAAACCUUUCCGCUGCAAAGUGUGCAAGCGUCGCUUCCGCAGAAAAGACAAUCUGGAGCGUCACAUCCGCAACACGCACCCAGACUUCGUGACCUCUAGCGCCGUAGAGUGCGACGAGACCGCGCUCAAGGAGAUCAUCACCAACGGCCAGCCUGAGAACGAGAAGACCAAGCUCGAGAUCCUAAACCCCCUCCCCCCUCUCCCCGAAGAGGUCAUGCAGAAGCACAUGCACGGAAACGAGUCCGACGCAGAGAUCGACAAGUCCUACAUCCUGGUAGCGAACAACGCCCGCCAGAGCGUCAUAGUCGGCAAGUGGACGGCAAAGGUAGAGAAGGAGCCGGUCAGCCCGCCCGAAUGCGAGUAUGUUCACAAGAUACGAAAGGCGAAUUCCAUGGCCAGUCACAAUAACAUCCCCCUGCCGCCCAUAGACGAGACGAAAAUGCUGGAGUUGAAUAAGAAAAGCAGCCUGGACGCGUUCGAAGUGGGCGCUCCGCCUAAGGACAAGAAGAAGGUUUAUGAGAUGAUAAUGUAUGAUGAUGCAGACAAACGCGAGGCGGACGGAGACUCCGCCGUCGAGCCCUCCGACAGCCAUUGGAAGAGAAGGAAAAUGAAGCUUAAUAUGAACUGAUACAUCACAGACUGAAUAUGUGACAUACAAGGAGUAGGUAUAUAUUAUGCAUAUACUUAUUUUUUAAUUCAUAUGCUUUGAUAAAAUAUAUUAGUAUUUUUAUUGCUAUUGAUCGACAUAAAACCCUCAUAAUACAUAAGGUCUCUGGGAAUAUUGGAGAAAUGUGUCGUUUUUAGGAAGCUCCAAGCAGCAAAUAUAGAGG